GGACAAUGGAAUGAGGAAAGGAGGUGAGCCAGGAGGGAGGAAUGAGAAGAAAGGAAAGGAGGAGCUAGGAAAGAAAGGGGAGGAUGAGGAGUAAAGAAGUAUGACAGUGCAUGUGUGUUGGCUGCAGAAUUCCAUCACUCUUAGCAACGAGCCGCUUUUACGUUGCCACGGUAACGCUGUCUCAUGUGCUCUGCUGCCGCUCGCCCUCUCUCUCUCUUUCUUUCUCCUCUCUCUUUUUCUCUCCCUCCAUCCACAACACCGGUCCACUUUCUGUCUGCAUUUCCACGUCGAUACACUCUGGGACGAGGAGUCCGACGCUCGGGAGCAUCCAAACCGUACAGCAGGAGGUCGCCAUCUCCUCUUUUCUCACCGUUUCCUCCUCAACUUUGACGCCUCCUCCUCCUCGUGGAGGUCGCCCCCACGCAAGAAGUUGAUGAACUUCCCACUUUUCAUCCUCGUUUCCCUCGUCCGACGUCCAUGUUGUUGGACCUGUGUACUUAAAACGACCUCCUGCGCCUCCUCAUCCACACCCACAUGAACACCCACGCCCAGGAGGAGGCCACGAUACCGCUAGACCAAGACCUGUGGGAGGAGCAAAGACUGCAUGAGGUACGGCUGGAGGAGGCACACCAAAGAGAGCAGAUGAAAGUUGAGGAGGAGAUUCAAUGGACUGAGGAGGUGCAGGAGGAGGGGCAACAAGAGGAGGUACAGCCGGCUGAAGGGGAGCAACAGGAGGAGGAAGAAGAAGAAGAAGAGGAGGGGCAACAGCCUGUCAAAAUAGAGCAGGAGGAUCAAACUGAGGAGGUGCAACAACAGGAGCAGGGGGAGGUUCAACAAGAGAGCGAGGAGGAACAAGAGGAGGUACAGAAGCAGAAAGAGGAACAUGAAAAGGAGGAGGUGCAGGAGGCACACCAAGGAGAGCAGAUGAACGUUGAGAAGGAGGAAGAGGAGAGGUAUCUUGCUGAGGAGGGGCAGGAGAUUGAGGAGGUGCAACAGGAGGAGGUACAACUGGCUGAAGAGCAGCAACAGGAGGUGGAAGAAGAAAAGGAGGUCCAGCAGGUUGUGAACAUGGAGCAGGUGGAGCAAACUAAGGAGUUGGAGGUUCAGCAAGAGGGUGAGGAGGUGCAGAAGCAGGAUGAUGAAGACAAGAAGGAGAUGAUGCAGCAAGGGAUGCAGGAGGCGCAACAGGAGGAGGUACAGCCAGCUGAAGGGGAGCAACAGGAGGAAGAAGAAGAAGAGGAGGGGCACCAGGCUGUCAACAUAGAGCAGGAGGAUCAAACUAAGGAGGUGCAGCAACAGGAGCAGGAGGAGGUUCAACAAGAGAGCGAGGAGGAACAAGAGGUACAGAAGCAGAAAGAGGAACAUGAAAAGGAGGAGUUGCAGGAGGCACACCAAGGAGAGCAGAUGAACGUUGAGAAGGAGGAAGAGGAGAGGUAUCUUGCUGAGGAGGUGCAGGAGAUUGAGGAGGUGCAACAGGAGGAGGUACAACUGGAUGAAGAGGAGCAACAGGAGGAGGAAGAAGAAAAGGAGGCCCAGCAGGUUGUGAACAUGGAGCAGGUGGAGCAAACUAAGGAGGUGGAGGUUCAGCAAGAGGGUGAGGAGGUGCAGAAGCAGGAUGAUGAACACAAAAAGGAGAUGAUUCAGCAAGGGAUGCAGGAGGCGCAACAGGAGGAAGUGCAGCAUGCUGUUAGUAAGGAGCAGCAGGAUCCAACUGAGGAGGUGGUGCAGCAACAGGAAGAGGAACUCAUAAAGGAGUUGCCGCAGGAGGAGGAGUUGGAGCAAGAAGAGGUGGCUCAACAAAUGGAAGAGCAACAAAAGAAGGAGGUGCAACAGGAGGAGGUACAGCUGGCUGACACGAUGGAGCAGGGGUACCAAACCGAGGAGGUGCAGGAAGAGAAACACGUGAAGGAGAUGCCGCAGGAGGAGGAUGACGCUAUGCAGCAGGAAGAAGAGCAACAAAUAGAGGAGGAGGUGCAGAAGCAGGGUGAAGAACAAAUGAAAGAGAUGCCGCAGGAAGAGGAGCCACAAAUGGAGGCGGUGCAGCGGCAGGAGUAUGAGGAGGAGGAGGUGCAGGACUUUGUGGACUCUUUGGAGCACAACCACAACAGUCAGGUUCUCAUUCGCCUCAGAGGAAUGCAGAAAUAUAAAUACACAUCACAGAGGCUGAAAGCGGUCUUGGAUCAGAUGGACCGCGGCGUGGUCGACAUACAGGAGCUGCGCAGUAACCUUCAGAUGGCGGCCACCAUGUUGGAUGCUGUCUACACGGACGAGACCAGCAGACGUCUCCUGGACCCCGAGGACGAACUGAGCGACCUGCAGGCCGAGUCGGUACCCAGGGAGGUCCGCGAUUGGCUGGCCUGCACCUUCAGCCGCAAGAUGGGCGUGGCCAAGCGGCGGCCUGAGGAGAAGCCGAGAUUCAGGAGCAUCGUCCACGCCGUACAAGCCGGGAUAUUCGUGGAGAGGAUGUACAGACGGACGUCCAACAUGGUCGGACUGACGUACCCGCCCACGGCUCUCGCAGCUCUCAAGAAUGUGGACCAGUGGUCCUUCGAUGUGUUCUCCCUUCACGAGGGCACGGGGGAGCAUGCCCUCAAGUUCCUGGUCUACGAGCUCCUGACGCGCUAUGACCUCAUCAACAGGUUCAGGAUUCCGGUGCCGGCCCUGGUGCAGUUUGUGGAGGCUCUGGAGAACGGCUACAGCAAACACAAGAACCCGUACCACAACCUGGUCCAUGCCGCUGACGUCACACAGACGGCGCACUUCCUCAUGCUGCACACCGGAACCAUGCACUGGCUGAGCGAGCUGGAAAUCCUGGCGAUGGUUUUUGCCGCGGCCAUUCACGACUUUGAGCACACGGGAACCACAAACAAUUUCCACAUACACACAAGGUCGGAUGUCGCCAUCUUGUACAACGACCGAUCGGUACUGGAGAACCACCACGUGAGCGCCGCCUACAGGUUGAUGGCGGACGAGGACACGAACAUCCUGGUCAACCUCAACAAGGACGACUGGAGGGAGCUUCGUGCGCUGGUGAUUGAGAUGGUGAUGUCCACGGACAUGUCCUGCCACUUCCAGCAGAUCAAGACCAUGAGGAACACCCUCUCGCAGCCACAUGGUGUGGACAAGGUGAAGGUUUUGUCUCUAAUGCUGCACGCUGCUGACAUUAGCCACCCCGCUAAAACUUGGCCGCUGCACUACCGCUGGACGCAUAGUCUCAUGGAGGAGUUUUUCAGACAGGGAGACAAAGAAGUGGAACUGGGCCUUCCUUUUUCUCCUCUUUGUGACCGCAAAGCCACCAUGAUUGCACAGUCUCAGAUCGGUUUCAUUGACUUCAUUGUGGAGCCGACGUUCAGCGUCCUGGUGGACAUGACCGAGAAGGUGAUUGGUCCCCUAAUAGACGAGGAGAGGAAGGCCCAAGAGACGGGUAACCGACGUCCUAGCCUGACGGGAAGCGGCUCGGUCACUGUGGAGUCUGUCCAGAGACACAGCAGCUGUCGCCACGGCAACCGUGAUAUCGGACAGAUGGACUUCUCAUUGACCGCUAUUGACCUGCCUGAGCUCAGGAAGCAUCUGAGUGAUGUCAUCAACAGGAACAAGGACAGGUGGAAGGAACUCUCCGUGGAUGAAUUGGCCAAUAAGGAGCUAGACGACCAGGAGGAGGUGGAGUCUAAGAUCAAAAGCCAUACGGCUGACCAAUCGCAGGCCUCGGUUCGCUGCCCACUUGAUGAAACACGUAACCAUGACGACCACUACCAAGAGUCACCUGACAUCCAACCUGAGGACCACUCCAGAUGGAACGGGGCCGGGCCGGGAGAGGAGCAGGAAGUGCCUGAAAACGCCUAAUUGGAACAUCUGCUGUGAAUUCUGCCAGGGAAACUGUCGCCAUGGUGACAGAUUGUAAGGCGUCCCUCAGGGGUCAUGGCAAAGCCCUGUGGAACUUUUCUUUUUGGACUGACCUUGAAGGGAUCACGCCAGUAUGGCUUCCUGUGCAAACAAACAAAACAAUCCGUUUGGCAGGAAGUGUGUUGUUGAACACAUUGAACACUGAACAAGCAUUUAGCUUAGCGCCCAUCAAGCUAGCUAGCUAGCUUAGCAUGAGUGUUACGGACACAUGGAGGUGUUGGUUGUAUCUUUGUCAGUCAUCACAUCGCCAUGUGAACCCUUUCAAAAAGCCUGAAGCCAAUGAAGGGAGCACUGUGUGUGUGUGUGUGUGUGUGGCGUUAUUGUGAACUUUGUGUUUGUGUGUGCGUGUGUGUGUGUUGUACAGAUGUUUUGUGUUUAAAUUGAAAUAAACAUCCUCAAACUGA